CCUUGCGAGCUCUUGUAGUCUCUCCCUUCUCGUUUUGAAACUGCAACAGAAAAGCGCUGCUUUCUAGGGUUUCGCCUCUCUCGUUCUCUCUCUUCUAUCCUCAAGCUGUGUGCUUUGUGUGGGGUUUUCCCAGGUUGAAGUUGGGAAUGGACGGAGAGGAGUUGACGGAGCAAGAAACUGCGUUGUAUGAUCGCCAAAUUAGGGUUUGGGGCGUCGAUGCCCAACGCAGAUUGAGCAAAGCCCAUAUCUUAGUCAGUGGAAUGAAGGGCACUGUUGUUGAGUUUUGCAAGAACAUUGUUCUAGCUGGAGUUGGGAGUUUGACAUUGGUGGAUUCCCGGGAAGUGACUGAAGAAGCACUUUCUGCAAAUUUCUUAAUUCCUCCUGAUGAGAAUGUGUAUAGCGGGAAAACUCUUGCUGAGCUGUGUUGUGAUUCUUUGAAAGAUUUCAAUCCAAUGGUUCGGGUUUCAGUUGAAAAAGGUGAUAUAUCAAGUUUUGGUGGAGAUUUCUAUGACAGAUUUGAUGUUGUAGUCAUCAGUUCUUGCUCCUUUGCAACAAAAAAAUUGAUCAAUGAAAAGUGCCGAAAGGUAUCAAAGCGCAUUGCAUUUUAUACAGUUGAUUGCAGAGAUUCCUGUGGUGAAAUAUAUGUUGAUUUGCAGAACUAUACUUAUUCAAAGAAAAAACUUGAUGAGACUGAUGAAUGCCAGUUACAGUAUCCAAGUUUUGAGGAAGCAGUUACAAUACCGUGGAGAGCACUUCCCAAAAAAGUCACAAAGCUAUACUUAGCUAUGAGAGUAAUUGAGAGGUUUGAAGAAGCUGAGGGUCGGAAUCCAGGAGAAAUUUCAAUUGCAGACCUUCCUGGUGUUCUGAAGCUGAAGAAGGAACUUUGUGAUGCACAAUCAUUCAACGAAUCCCAUGUUCCUGAUGCUCUCCUAGAGAGAUUAGUAUCUGAUACAAGUGAAUUCCCACCGGUUUGUGCCAUCCUUGGAGGAAUCCUAGGACAGGAAGUUAUUAAGGCGAUAUCAGGCAAGGGUGAUCCCUUGAAGAAUUUCUUCUUUUUUGAUGCCAUUGAUGGUAAAGGCAUAAUAGAAGACAUAUCAAACCCAAACCCUGGAAGCUGAGCAGAUUCUGGCUGGAAGGAUUGGUAACUGCAAGAUUUAAAACUUGAAUCUAACUUAUUAUUGUCUAGGGCUUAGCUGUCGUUCCUGCAAGCUGAAGAUCUUUGUGAUCAAUUUUUACGAGAGAAACUGAAGCUGGGUUGAAAUCUCAAUAACUUUCCCAGAAGAUUCUGUUUAAUUUAUGACCCUUUUGAUGUAGAAUGAUCCAUCAUUAAUGUAGCCAUUUGAUCUUUUGACUAUAGACUGGUUUCAGCCUGUUAGCAAAUGGAAAAUGAAACCAUUUCAUAUUGUUUCCCA